GGCUGGACCCCGAUGCCUUGCGAGUCGGGUGAUUCCGACCGGGGCGGAGGGAGAAGGGGCCGACGGUGCGCACGCCUCGCUGAGCGGGCUGCUCUCAGUUCCCGGGUGAUUCCGGCGAGACAGCCCGUGCGAGAAAGGGGAAUGGGCAGACGUCCCAGGAGGCGCGAGCUUCC